GUGCGGGACAUUUAUUUAUUCUUUUAUUUUGAGACCGGCACUUUUCGUGGUGCCCGUGCCGGUGGGGGGCCUCGCGCUGCGGACACCUCAGGGGCCUUCACCCCGAGUUGAGGCCGCGCACGCGCGCCAUCGUUCAGCUGCGGCACCGUCAUGGGCCGGCGGAAGUCGAAGAGGAAGCCGCCGACCAAGAAGAAGAUGGUGGGAACCCUUGCGACCCAGUUCACCUGCCCCUUCUGUAAUCACGAGCGGUCGUGCGACGUCAAGAUGGACCGUGAGAGGAACACAGGUGUGAUCUCGUGUACCGUUUGCCUGGAGGAAUUUCAGACGCCCAUCACGUACCUCUCGGAAGCCGUGGACGUUUACAGCGAUUGGAUAGACGCCUGCGAGGCGGCCAACCAAUAGCGGCAGCGCGGCUUUCCUGACGGCUGCGCCACACUGCCGACCAACAGGGGGAGCCCAGAGUUCAAGAACGGAGGUGUUGCUGGAGGAUUCUGGUGGGGGGGGAAGGGGG